UAUUUCCAAUGUGCAACCGAGUGCCAGAGCUACCGUCCUAGGAAUACAUCUGAAAUUUCUAUAUGCUGUAUCUUCACUGUCCUGCAUUGCUAUUAUAUUUUAUUAAUAGGUAAGCGAUUUCUCCUUACUUUGAUUUUAUUGAUUAAAAAUAGCAGGAUUUGCUGUAAUAAAGCUUUAAGUAAAACUUUAUUUUUUUUAGCAGUGUGGAGUAGUGGUUAGGGCUCUGGACUCUUGACCGGAGGGUCGUGGGUUCAAUCCCAGGUGGGGGACACUGCUGCUGUACCCUUGAGCAAGGUACUUUACCUAGAUUGCUCCAGUAAAAACCCAACUGUAUAAAUGGGUAAUUGUAUGUAAAAUAAUGUGAUAUCUGUAUAAUGUGAAAUAAUGUAUAAUGUGAUAUGUUGUAACAAUUGUAAGUCGCCCUGGAUAAGGGCGUCUGCUAAGAAAUAAAUAAUAAUAAUAAUAAUAAAUAGUGUGGCCGCCAUGUGGAUGAUUCUGUUCAAUACAGCUUUGCAAAUAAAUACAUAUUUGAAGCGGCUAUAUUCUAAUACUUAUAAAAGAAUAAUAUUUUUUUUUUAUUUGAGUGAUUUCUGUUAUUUACAGAGGCAGUUGUAUUUCCCAUUUUACUCGGUAAAUAGAAAAAAAAGAGAAUAUUGUUUAUACAUUCGUCCGCCAUUUUGACUGAACUGCAGUUAAAUAUAGUUCAAAACUUGAACGGUUUAUAAUAUGUGUUUAAGAUGUUCCAAAUAUGUAUUUGUCAUUUAUAUAGUACAUUUGUAUUGUAUGGUUACUAAAAAAAAAGAAUUAAAAAAAAAGCACUUUAAAUAAGUUUCCUUUUAAUUAAUGCACCACGUGUGUAUUGUGUUUUACACAGUCAGUUGCCUGCAUGUAAAUUUCCAAUGUGCAAACGAGUGCCAGAGCUACCGUCCCAGGAAUACAUCUGAAAUUUCUAUAUGCUGUAUCUUCACUGUCCUGCAUUGCUAUUAUAUUUUAUUAAUAGUUCGUGGAGACCGGAGAUUACGAAGAGUGGAGGACUCGAUCCAUUGCAUCUACCGAGACGGCUUGUAUUGCAGCGGGACUGUACAGUUCAGCAGAAGGACUUGUUUUUUUAUAUAUUUAAGGCCUCCGGAGGUACUUUAGUCGUUGUGCACAACUGAUAGAAACAUUUUGUUUUAUUCUAUAUUUUUAUUUCCAAUGUUUUUUUUUUUUUUUUUACUGUGAACAAUAUUGUAACAACUUUAAUUGCUACAUAUAUAUUACUUUUAUAAACAUUUUUUUCAUAAAGUAUAUUUGUUGUUGCUGAGUGAUUCUUUAUAAUAAAGUAACCUGGUAUAAAUAUAUUAAGGCAACUGUAUAACGUAAAGUACGUUUUCUUAAGAAGGGUAUACGCAGCAUUAGAGAGAGAUCUCCAGAAUUCACAUAUUUUCCCUGAACUUAAUUCUCAGUGUGACUCAUUGUGAUAGUCGGUUACACUUACUCGGUGGGAACAUUUGUUACAGGGAGAUGUUGGAGAGCGGGAUUCUGGGAAGAGCUGAGUUCGUGGUUCCAGAUGUGUGAUUUUCAAUAAAGUGUGUUCAUUUAGAAGUAAUACACAGUCUACCGAGCAAAACCCCAUUUGAUACUGUGGACAGUGUAAAGAUGGAAUCAGUCCCGAUUAAAGAGGAGCUCCCUAAACUGGAACUGGUCCCCAUUAGACUGGAGUUCUCUGGACUGUCUUCCCUCCCCAUUAAACAGGAGCUCUGUGAGAUGCCAUCUGACAGCAUCAAGUCGGAGGUGUCUGGGAUUAAAGCUGAGUGCAAUGAAUUGGAGAUCUCCCAGACAGAAGAACCCCUUCCUGUGAAUGAAGAGGUGCUGGAAAUGCUACCAAGCAGAACCACGUUUGAUGCCUUGGACAAUGUGAAGAUGGAAUCUGUCCCGAUUAAAGAGGAGCUCCCUAAACUUGAACUGGUCCCUAUUAGACUGGAGUUCACUGGACUGGCUUCCCUCCCCAUUAAACAGGAGCUCUGUGAGACGCCCUGUGACAGCAUCAAGCCAGUGGUGUCUGGAAUUAAAGCUGAGCGCAACGAACUGGAGAUCUCCCAGACAGAAGAACCAGUUCCUAUGAAAGAAGAGGUGCUGGAAAUGGUGCGUAUUAAACUGGAGCCCCUGAAAGAGGAGGUACUCUUGAAACCAGGGAAGGAAGAAUCUGAAGAUUUGAAAGCAGCCCCCACUGAGCUGGGUCCGGUACACCUGCGGGAGUGUAGCGUGGUGCUGGAGAGAAUCUGUGUGAGAAAGCAAGGCUCUGGAGAGGAAGGCUCUCUCAACAGCAUGCAAGGAGGUGGAAAGGAAGACGGGCAGUCACAUUCAGAAUGCAGUCUAGCAGGUUCCAGUCCAGCAGUUAAAGCAAGGACGGGUGCCACCCAGUUAAGGAAUUUAAAAAUACUGAAAGGAGAGAAAUUUAAAAAUACCAGAGGAGAGAAACCGUAUCACUGCUCUGACUGUAGUAAGAGUUUCACUCAGUCAGCAAAUCUUGUAAUACACCAGAGAGUUCACACAGGAGAGCGGCCGUAUCGCUGCUCUAACUGUGGAAAGAGUUUCAAGUCAUCAGGACACCGUACAACACACCAGCGAAUUCACACAGGAGAGAAACCGCAUUGCUGCUCUGACUGUGGAAAGAGUUUUAGUCAGUCAGGAGACCUUGUGAUACACCAGCGAAUUCACACGGGAAAGAAACCCUAUCGCUGCUCUGACUGUGGAAAGUGUUUCAAAUCAUCAGGACACCGUACAACACACCAGCGAAUUCACACAGGAGAGAAACCGCAUUGCUGCUCUGACUGUGGGAAACGUUUCAGGAACUCAGGAAACCUUUCAAAACACCAGCGAAUUCACACAGGAGAUAAACCUUAUCGCUGUUCUCACUGUGGGAAGAGUUUCAGACAUUCAGGAAAUUUUGAAUCACAUAAGCGAACUCACAAAGGAGAGAAACCAUAUCACUGUUCUGACUGUGGGAAGAGUUUCAGUCGGUCAGAACACCUAUUAAUACAUCGGCGAAUACACACUGGAGAGAAACCGUAUCACUGUUCUGACUGUGGGAAGAGUUUCAGUCGGUCAGGACAACUUGUAACACACCAGCGAAUUCACACAGGAGAGAAACCAUAUUACUGCUCUGACUGUGGGAAGUGUUUCAGGGAUUCAGCAGACCUUGUAAAACACCAGAGAAUUCACACAGGAGUAAAGCCAUAUCACUGCUCCGACUGUGGUAGUAGUUUCAGUCAGUCAGGACAACUUGGAAAACAUCAGCGGGUUCACACAGGAGAGAAACCCUAUCAUUGCUCUGAUUGUGGGAAGAGUUUCAGUCAGUCAAGAUCCCUUGUUACACACCAGCAAAUUCACACAGGAGAGAAAAAAAUGAAAAUGUAAAUAAUGUUCCUGCAUAAAAAUAACUUAUCCAUUUUGCUCAGCUUCCUGACAUUUCAGCACCGCAGUGCGCUGCUGAAUAAUGUGGGUGCCCAAGCCGAGGAGACAGUCAGACAUGCUCCCAGAAAAUUCUUAAAUUUUACAAAUACUAAUAUCCAUGUUUUAGAAAUAGAUUGCUUACAGUGAAGUGUUUUUUAAAUAUAAUUUGUAUUCAUUUUCAAAAUAAUAAAUAACAUAUAUAUAUGUAUGUGUGUGUGUAAUAUAUAUAUAUAUAUAUAUAUAUAUAUAUAUAUAUAUAUAUAUAUAUAUAUAUAUAUGUAGGAUUAAGUGGUUAAUGAUAAUGGAUGGAUAUAUUAAUGUAUGCAAUUAUUUAUAGAACAUACAAUCUACAAUCAGUCUUACGAUAUUAGAGCCAUGUUGAUCAUUUGUGUUGACAAUUGAUACACUUGAUCACGAGCUAGCAGGUAGUGCUUACUUUCUUAUUGUAAUAGAAACGAGAUCAUUUCUGAUUGGAUCAGAAUCUUGAGUGCUCGUGUUUUUAUAUAUAUAUAUAUAUAUAGAGCUAUUAAAAAAUGAUAUGUCGAAACUGUACAGUAAAAUGCGCAAUGUAAAUUUAGGACACUGUAAAUGCUCUUAUUGGAAGUCCAGGAAAGCUGAAUUGAGCUUCAUCUAUUGCUAUGAGCUACUGCUGUAUCAUAGAGCAGUUCUCCUGGUAAACCCUUUGAAGGAGAAAACAAACUGCUAUUGUUAAUUAUUUAGCAUAGAAUGGCACAAGGCAGCUGUAAUAGAGUAAAUGUGAGUGUGCUUUAAGAUUGUGUGUUGCUACUAGCCCUUUCCAGUGCAAAUUCAAAGUGUAAAACCAAAUAACACAACAAGCAGGGCACAAGCUAAGCGAUGAGCUGUAUUUGAUUAGGGAAAUAAAAGCUGUUUACUUUGA